AUAUGCUCUCUCAAAAUGGCGUCCUGCUGUAUGCGGCUUCAGCGUGCUCUGCCUCUGCGUUCUAAUCCAUUUGGUCUUUGCCCGGGUCCCGUUCUUCUCACCUCUUCCCUCAAACCCGAUGGGAAACUUCUGCCAGCUUGCACUUCCUAUGUGCCAUGUCGAUUUGUGUUUGGACCCCAACCUCUGGGGUUGAACAUGUAUCUCCAAGCACGGGACCGAACAAACCGUCAAUUUGGAAACAUGACAGAUAAGUUCCGACAACGAAUGUCAGAAUUUGUUGCGGCCAGUGAACAGAACAUGAUCUUCACAGAAGACCUUAAGAACAUGCUCUAUCUGGCUGAGGAUAGGCCAACUGACAUGGAAUUGAUCUCAAAAAUGAUGAAAAGGUUUAAUGAACAAAACAAGUCCUUGCGUUUUGGUGGCUUUGUCUUCGGUCCAGUGGUGAUGCGUAUGUACCAUCACCUCGGCCAUGCUGAUGAAGCCCUUCAGGCCCUGAAAGAUCCAUCACUGUCAGGUUUCUUUGACCAGGUCACAUCCUACUUUGUGGCCAUGGACCUCCUUUAUAAGAAGGGGCGCUAUCAGGAGGUUCUGGAGGUUUUUGAUCUGUUGCUUCAGCAACAGUUUCAAGGUGCUAAAUUUCCUCGAAACCCUGUGGUUUUGGCCUUUGCUGCCUGCUACAAACUGAACAGUCCAGACAGCAUGGAGUAUGCAAGUAAGCUGUUCCAGGCAGCAAAGGAGGCUGGGUCAACAAUCAUGCGAAAGGGAAUCGCAUUUGCAGCUGCACUAGCCAUCAACCAGGGCCAACCCCGGGUUGCCCUGGAGAUGCUCACCAACACCAUCCAGCAGAACUAUGUCACUGUGCGGAAUCUUAAGGAACAUUAUCCACCACCGGGACUCACUUCACCCGUCUGGUCUUCUACGGUACAGACAAUAGGCUUUACAGAACCUCGAGCUGCAAGGACGUGUCUCUUCUACGAGGAAGUGGCUCGAUUGGAGCGAGCAGUGGAGAAUCGAGAGAAUGCUGAGUUGAAAGCUGAGUUUGAUCGCCUCAAACAGGGCCUUCAGGACACUGGAAACUAUUCUCAAGAGGAACUGGAAAGCUUGAUCACUGCUCCCAUCCUUGAGAGCAAUCCGCCCAUGCGCCAGGGAGUGCCUGGAAUGGGACCUCGAUCCGGAGGAGGCGGGUUUGGACGUCAGACGGAUUUCGCUGGCGGACGUAGGAGGCAGUUUGGCAUGGGAGGAGGUGGAGGCGGACAAUAUGGCGGGGGAGGUGAAGAUGGAGGUGGACGAUUCGAUGGAGGUGGACGGUUCGAUGGAGGUGGACGGUUCGGCGGGGGUGGCGGACGAUUCGAUGGAGGAGGUGGCUUCCGACCUCAGAGGUUUUGA